UCUUUAGUCAUCACCCCUCAAAAUACAGAGAGAAAACACACAAACACAAGCAACUCUUUUUACUCAUCAUGGGAAAUUAUAGGUUUAGAUUAUCAGAUAUGAUGCCAAAUGCUUGGUUUUACAAGCUCAAGGACAUGAGCAAAAUCAGCAGCAACAGAAGCAAAGGGCAUAACCACACCACCUCAAUUUCUUCAACUUCAUCAUUCUCAUCAUCAAAUCUUCAAUCAGAUAAAAAUAUAAAACAACCCCACCACCUCACUACUUACCCAAGAAAAUCAUAUUACAUUUCAAGAAACCUUAGUCCAACAAAUAAUAACCAUGAAAUAUUCUCCCAAAAUCCUUCCUCAAACAAACCAAAACUCUCUGACAAUAAUAUUAAUUUUUCAAAGAAAAGGCGUAGCACUACAAGGAGAAGAACUAAUUCUCCUAAAAUUGUCACUUCUUCUGUUUCAGCUAGUUGUAGUUGUCGUGCUUCUCUUGAAUCAGUUUGGACUAAACCUGAUUCCACCCCUGAAGAUUAUCCAAAUUCACCUAAUGCCCCCUCAUCUUCUUCUUCUGAAACAUUAGACCCCAUAAUUUCACUUUCACCAUCUUGUGGUUGCAGAGUUAAUGACAUGAACAAAGAUUCUCUCAAUUAUGAUCAUGGGUUUACGUCUAUUUCCAAAAUUGACCUUCCCCCCAUCAUAACCAAACCCGAAAAAUUCAACGGUUCGGCCCAAGAAAAGGAUGAAAAACAGAGGAUUUCUACUGUGAGAAGAGUGUCAGUGAGUUCAACAACUGGUGUAAAGCUAAGAACAAACUCUCCAAAAAUAACAAACAGCAAGAAAAUUCAAGGAGUUAGCAGAAAGAGUGUUAGUUCAAGAAGAAGGAGUAGUAGUAGUGUUUCAGAAAGUUUUGCAGUGGUGAAAUCAUCAAAAAAUCCACAGAAAGAUUUUAGAGAAUCAAUGGUGGAAAUGAUAGUGGAGAAUAAUAUAAGGACUUCAAAGGAUUUGGAAGAACUUCUUGCUUGUUAUCUUUCUUUGAAUUCAGAUGAGUAUCAUGAUCUUAUUAUUAAGGUGUUCAAGCAAAUUUGGUUUGACAUCAGUGAUAUUCGGCUAAAGUAAAUAUAAAAGGGAAGCCCGGUGCAUUGAGUUGCCGCUAAGUACGGGUUCGAAAGGUCGGACUGUCUAUUGUAUGCAGCCUUACUCUACAUUUCUAUAAGAGGUUGUUUUUACAGCCCGAACCUAUGAUCACCUCAUCACGUGUUAACAACUUCACCGGCUACGUAAAUAUGAAUCUACUAUUUCCUUUUCUAAUAGUCAUAAUAUGUGUAUAGGUGGAAAAUCCACAAUGUUAUUAUUUCCUUAUUCUUAAUUAGAGUUCUGGAAUUUGAGCCAAAGAGUUUGAAUGUGGAAUGAAGAAAACAAACAAAGGUACAAAAUCCAAUCUUGUAACAAUAUAAUCUGUCUGACUAUGACGUGCUCUUGUACAUGAAUGGAUUAGUACGUGUUGUCUGCUGGUAAUGGAGGUAAAAGUCUUAAGGCAAAACAAACGCACCUUCGCCGAAAUUGUAAUUUGAUUAUUUGCCCUAGUAUAUGAUCACCUAUUUAAUAUUUCAA